AUGGUGGUUCUUUCCCUUUUAGAGAACAUCAAGGACGCGGCGUCGCGCCUGAUACCAACACCGUAUAAGGACAUCGUGGUGGAGGCCACGCAGCCGCAGCUGUCCAUGCCACGUGAAGAAUCCGUGUCGUUUCUGUGCAGGAGCGCGAACAGCGACAGUGAAGCUGCGGGAGACGUGGUGCAGGCCGUGCGUCAACGCAUCACUGAGAGUGAUGCCAAGGUGCAAUUUUUAACGGUCCUCGUCCUUGACGCGUUAGUGAAGAACUGCGAUGCUACCGUGCAUCUUGCGGUGGCCUCACAGAAGGGAUUGCUGCGGGAUCUGCAGAACAUCGCCACACGAGUGCCGUGCGUCACUGAAAAGGAGCGCAUGGCAAGGGAGGCCGCCCUGGCACUCAUUUUAAACCUCUCCAUUUGGUUUACUGGUCACCCGGAUGGGCGACUAUACAUAUUGACGACGAUCAGCGAUGAUGUGCGGCAUGCGAUAGGCCCGAACGCGUUUGAAAAUGUUGACCCGGACACUAACACGCAAAUAACUCUCGCAGCAAACCGCCGGCAACAGCGACGUAGGCCUGAGGCCCCCGGGCAGGCGAGGCAACCGAGACAGCAGCAGCAGCGGCGGUGGCGGCAGGAAGGACCCGUUGUAGACGCCGUGGGUGUCAACUACCCAAAAGAGGAGGAGCUUGCCGCCAUGUUGGACUGCUGCAUGACUCUGGCAGAGUAUUUGAACAACGCAAAGGUUCUACCGGAUGGCUCCAUUGAGGCCGAUGAUGUUAUUCGCGGGUUUCGUGAGAAAAUCGUGGAGGACCACAAGCUGGUGACGGUGCUUCUCAGCUCUGACCUCAAGCUCGACAACCGCGACGUUCUGCGUGAUGUCUCCGAUGGCCAAGUCGCCCUCCUCCGUCGGAUGGAGACGGACGUGCUGCUGAGUCGAAACCAAACUUCCCCGCCGAGUCGAGCCGCCGACGUGGCCGCGACGGAAAUGUACCGCCCCCAGGUGGUGACCCCUACCCCUCCGGCCGCUGCCAUGGAGCAAGGGACCGGCAUAGCGACGGCGACAAACCCAACGGCGCCCCAAGUGGAGUCUGCUGCAGUUUCCACAGCCCUAGCGAUGGCACCGCCAGAAGCUGUAAACGCGGUGGAGGAGUCUAAGCCGUCUGCUGUGCAAGAGACGACAAAGGCGGUGGAGGACCUUUUCGUGGCUGCACCUGCACAUGCCAACUUUGCGGAUCCGCCACAAGCCAAGACCGAUGCGGAGGCCCCAUUACCAACAUUAACUGCCUCCGAAGGGAACGCGGCGGAGGCGGUAGUGGAAGAAGGGCGACAACCCCAGCGAGGACAGGAGAGGACAAAAGACCAACCGGGUCAGCAAGAGAAGGCAAAGGAAGAGAAGACUUCGCAAAGCACUGGCGGUGAGGAUGACUUUGAUGCCUUUUUGGAAGAGCGUUUGCUCAAAUAA